GGCCAGUCAACUGGUUGGCUGCGUACGGUCUUACUAUUUUGCUGUCAUUUCAAAAUUGUAGCGUUCCAAUUGCACUAUUUUGCCGACUUUAAACAAAUCAAAUAAAACAACCAAAAUGCUUUUCGAUGGCGCAGCCGGCAAUGGACAAGGUCAGGGACAGAAUCCAUUGGGAGGAGGUCAGGAGGCGUCGGCCCUAUGCGAGCAGUACCAGUUGCUGGGCGAUGGCACCAUCAUUCUGCGCAACCUUCGCGCCGACUUUUCCAAUCCGCGCCUGGAGCGCCACAAGUCCCGCUGCUGCCAGCGCCAAACGCUCAUCCACGACCUAUGCGCCAACUGCAUGAUGGAUCUCUGCGAGGAGUGUGGCUACUCCUGCGGCGAGUGCUCCAAGUUCAUAUGCCGCAGCUGCGUGACUUUGUUUGGUAAUCGAGUUGAAGAAAGCGAGGAUCCGCUCUGCGAGCGCUGCCAGAUGUUCUUCGCCUAGGAUUCCAAGGCCAGCUCUACGCAAUAAGAACUACGAUAAGAACAGAUUUUGCACAUAAGGGAACGCUAUGGUCAAGUACAUCGACCUUUUGAUGCCCGUGACUGAGUUAAAAUAUUUGAUCUCCUGAAAGGAUUAGGACGUAUUAACCUACCUGACAUGACUACAUUUAACUAUAUUUUUCAAUUAAAAUCGCGAUGCGAAAAUCUAUCAGCACUCUA